CCUGUAGAAUAACAUAAUCCAAAUUUAGAAGGCACAAACAUUGGAUUCAGAUUGAUCAAAGGGUUACUGCCAUAGGCUGUUGUAAAUAGCCAUCGUUGAUCCUUGACAUUGUGAAAAAUGUGGGUGAUGCUAUAGCAGUUUGCGUGCAGUCUUAGAAGCUUUUACCAUGCUAUGUAAAACCAUGGAUGCCACCAAUGUUGAUACUGAAAAGUGGCAAGAGAAAAUGUGAGCAACAAGAUGAGGGCCAUUGAGUGGACUCCUUUUGGGAUAUUCUGUUCCACCGCAAAGUAUCUCUUGUGGGUGCUUGUGUUCCACCGCAAAGUCUCUGUCUUUGCCAUGAACAGUGGGUUCAUGCAAGUGAUUAACGAUAAGGAUCCCAAACAAACUCUCACCUUCCAAGGUCUGGAUUCGAAUCCCCUCUUGCCUAGAGACUUGUUGGGUGGCUACAACAGGAUACAACAGCUUGUAGUUAGUUAGGGCUUUUGCUGGCACUCUGAGCAUGUCGUUGACACCCAUAGUAUUUAGGGUGUUUGUUCUGCCACUUUUAUUGAAUAAGAAAAUAGAUCUUGAAGUGGUGGUAAAAGGGUUUCAAUUAUGAUGGCUGGAAAAAAGAAAUGUACAGGGGGAUUGGUUGUAAAAGUAUUUUCAGUUUGGGGACAAUAAUUUAAUCAUUUAACAGGCCUUACAUGUUCUAGGAGUGUUGGUUAAUUGUUUUGUUCUAAAUUAGAAAAUGUUCUUUGGAUGAUUUGAGCGUAUUUUGCUUCCAUAAUUAUGUUCUGGGUCGAGUAGUUGAGUUCAGGGAAACAGGAGUUGCAUUAUAGAUUCGUGAACAACAAAAUUUGAAUCACAUGUGUCUCUCUUGGAGUGUGAGCUAAAUCUGGUUAACUAUGGUAUUCACGUCUUUCUGGAGAUGCAGUUAGUAAAAUGAUAUUGAAGGGAAAAUAAUGGAAGGAUAAAGAAGAGAAAAACAGAGAAGUUAAGAUGAUUAAGAUUUGUUCUACUGCUAAGUCAAAGGACAGGGAGGAUUUUUGGAAAUAAGAAAGAGUCCAAGUAUGCUUCCCAAGAAAAUGAAAAAUCUGCAUUACCAACACGAGAAGUAACUAGAUAAACAUGACAAAAUUCUACCCAAGUCAGUCAAUAAAAAAGAGAACUAUCCAAGAACUUUGACAACGAAGGCAGUGGGCCUCAUAAGGAUAUGGAAAACAAGGAAAGUGUCAAGCUCUAACCUUUCAAAAUGUGUGAAGUGUUUCCUUUUAUCUAACUCAUGUUGUGCUUUGGAUCUUCUAGUACCAUUAGGAGUUUAGGAGAAACAUUAACAAGUGAGAGUGAAAAAAUCUUAUAAUUAUGUUAUAGUAAAUCUCAGGCUAGUGAAUACAUGUAAUCAAAUACCAAGUUUCAUUACCCUGCUCUAAAUGAGUUUCAGAAGCAAGAUCCAAUUAUUUUGUCAGUUUCUCUCUAUAUAUCUUUUAGUCAAGUUUGGAUAUAGUUUUCUCUUUUGGAAUUGCGGUUAUUUAUAGUCUUCAAGUUCUUGAUCUUGUCCAUCUAAAACUAAUAUCCAGAUUAUACUGUAUAUCUUUUAUAAAGCCAGAACCGGGGGAUUGCAUUUAGAUUAAUUUGUACGGUGUAAACAACAAUAUACAGUGAUGAUAAGAUACUGUCACCAAAUUAUUGCUUUUAGUGUUAGUUCUGCUACGAUCUGUACCAAAAUAUUAGUGUUAAUAUUGAAACUUUGAUUGCUUACUAGGUUGUUUUUUAAUUUUUCAACCAAUCAUGAAACAUCAAUUGAGUUACUGGCAUUGACAUUAAUUUUACAAAAUUUUAGAUUUUAGUGUUUUCCACAAGUAAUGAUAGCCCUGACAUAAGAUCUGAGAACUUAAGCUUUAAAUUUCAUGUUGUUGUUGACUGAGUACUUUUAACCAUAAGAAGUUUGUUCAUUGAAAAACUUAACCCAUAUUAUUGGAUAAGGACCAAAAAAAUAGUGGGAUUUAAGUGUAACAAAGUUUAGUCCUACCCCUAACUUUCAUUGGUAUCUAUGUCUAAUGAUCAUGGAGUUUAGCAGUUUGGAUCAAACUAUAGAUAACUAAUCCAACAGAUCAAAGAAAAUUUGCACCGUCAACAAAUCAUUCAACCUAUUUUUUUAGCUAUUUGGCAGGGUUUGAAAUGGCUUUAAAAUAACUAAAAUUUAGUAUGAGUGCUUCAGUUUCAUCUGAUAAUGUUACUCUGUAAUUUCAUGGUCUUACCACAGAAUUGGGAAUCCUCAGUUGAAGAGGUUGGGUUCAUCUCAAGCAUGACAUAUGUCUAAAUAAGGAAGUGGUAAGAGUUUUGGGGUUUCACCUAUGGUCAAACCUCUGCUGAGAAUUUGGGUGAAGAUUAGAAGUGAUGAGUCUAUACAUAAGUGUUUGAUAUUUGGUUUCUCCUUUAGGUGAUAUUUUUCAAUGCUGAUGCUACACCAUGUAUUUGGACCUUGAUCUGGUUCUUAAAAUUUGAAGGAGGCACAUCAUACAAAGUGAUCUCAAUGAAUUUAACCCGGUGCAUGAAGGUGUUGGCUAGCCUGAUGGUUGAUCAUUGGGUUUCCUAUCUCUCAAGUUAAAAAUUAUGGAAGUAUUAAAUGUAAGUACAAAAGAUACAAACCCUAAAGACUCUAUAUAAGAUCUGCCGCAUCGCCCCUUUUCCUCGAACACCAAAUUUGAACAGCUUGCAAGAUUUAUCAAAUUCAGUAGACUUUAGUAGCAAUUUGUUGCAACUAAUUGAGGUAUGUUCCCUAAAUUCUUUAUUUUUCUUUUGAAUGUCGUUCAGAUACCUUUAGAAGUUAUUUGCUUUAUGCAUUUUCUGUGUUCACUUCCAAAGAAGGUUAAAAUUGCUUGAUCAAAGAUUAGAAAACAUUUUCCUUAAAAAUGUCUUAAAAUACAUGCCAAAAUUUGGAUUUAUUUUUCAUUAUCUAUUAGAACCCCUGAUCAAUACUACUAAAUCCCUUACAAACCAUCACUCCCCCAAAGUUGUUAAUGGUUAUGUCACUAGCUUUGAAGCCGUGGUGGCAAUGUUUAUGACUACGACAUCAUCUAGACAACCAUUAACUCUUUUCUAAAGGCUAGUUGGUGUCAAGUCACAUUUUUUGCAUUGGGGAGGUAUCUGAUGAGGAUGGUGGUUUGAAGUAAGCAAUGACACUAGGCAUGCUUGACAGUGGUGGGGGAGGUAGAAAAGAGUGAUGAGCCAAACAAAUAUUGAACCAAAAACUAUUUUUAGAACAUCAAAACAAGAAUAUGAGAUGUUUUGCUAACCAAAUGCCCCAUUAGAGUUAUUUAGUUCUUUGGUUGGAAGUUUUCCUUUGUUUUUACAUACAAAGGUUUGGUUUGGUCUCCUCAUUUUUGUAUUUAUUUUCUUUUUUCUAAUAAUAUUUUUCAUGUGAUGACAAAAGAUUGGUAUACUCUUGGGUGUCAACUUAUCUCAGCUGUCAAGGUACACAGUGAUGUCUAACAUGAAUUUAUAAAAAAGAAAAGCCAAAUAGUCUUUAAGUAUCAAUAUUAAAAUAGUUUCCUUGAUACUAUUAGUAAUCUUGGUUGAUUUUUAUGAAAUGAAAUAUAGGUGAAACUUUAGUUUCUCAAUUCUUUUGGUGUUCCCUUUGACAAUUGUUGUUAACAAGAUUUUAAGUUAUGCUUGUGGUCGCAUCUACGUUGUGUUGUGAAUAUUGUGGGAGACAUGAAGUGAUAUGAUGUGGUUGGAGAGUCUCUUCAAAACAGUGUCUAAUGAUGUUAAACCUUGUGUUGUUUGUAAGUUGGCUUGGAUAAAUUUGGAGAAGAAAAAACAACGCUGUCCACUUCCAUAUUUUUUUUUUCUUAUUUUUCAUUGUAUUAAUCAAUCAAAUCAAUUAUGAUUCGGUUCAAUGUAGGCCUAAGUGGUUUUGAUUAAAUAAAUGCUAUGUUAACUAUUAAUUUUAUGUAUUUUUUAUGAAGUUCUUUUAAUAUAAGACACGAUGUGUAAUUAUAAAAUAAACUAUACAUUAAUCCAAAAUUGGAUUUUAAAGAGCGAGCCAUAGUGGAGUGGAAUAACCCCUGCAUGCUAUUCCAUAGCGAAGUGGUUUACAGUAGUGGUCUGAGCAGACAGGAUAGCAACACCAUGGGUUGAUUCUGUAAAAAAAAAAAAUACCCUUUUAAUAGUGACAUUUUGGGCUUUUUGGGAGAGGGUAUAAUUUUUGGAUUUCAAUUUCCGAACAUGAAAUCUACAAAUAUGAGUGUAGUGAAAAUGAUAAAGAAGAAAACUUGGAUUUAGAAGAUGAUGAUUCCUAUCAGGAAAGCUAGUAUUUGAUUAACAGUGAUAUAGAGAUAAUAAACGUAUAAACAUAAAAAAUAGUAGUCUGUACUUUAGAGAAUAAAAUAAAGUAAAAAAGGAAAAAUAUAGUAUUCAUAAAUAUGUAAAUUUAUAUGGAAUCCCAUUAUUUCCCCAUCAAAAUCAGCAAUCUAAUGGAGAUUAAUUCAUGCCGAUAUUCCUACUAAUGAAAAUUUAAGGAAAAGAGAGAUCAACAUUGUUUCCCAUUAUUCCUACUUUUGAAUAGGUGGUUAUAUUGUAUGGGCCUGCUUAAGGAGAUGGGGUUGAAGGUUUACAUAUAUAGAGAGAGGGUAAUAGAUGUGCUGCCUUACUUGCCUUCUUUUCUUAGUAUUGCUUUUUCUAGGACACAUACCAUUUACUAUUUUAUAGGUUUUUGCUUUUUGUUGAUGGGUUUGGUUUCCCCCACCCAUGUCUUGUAUAUGUUUUCUUUCCUUCUAAUAAUCUAAUAUGUUGCAGCUGAUUGAUGUUAUCUGGGGUACUAACCUAGUUAGGAUAGUACACAGCAUAGUGAUGCUAUAGCAUACUUGCUUUUAAUGAAAAAGGGGUUUGAAUGUAUGCUAAUUUCAUGAAUAAAGUUAUCUAUAUGCAUAGAAGUUUCGUUUGGUUUCAAAAUUGGAUCCACAAGCGAAUUAAAAUUUCUUCUUUUUUCAUUCAUGGUAUUUUUGGUAUGAUCUUUUUGUCGUUUACAUAGGAUUGGCCUGUUUAUACUUUAGUUCAAAAAAAUUUUAGUGCUAUGACAACUUGAAAGGCAAUGUGCAGUAAGGGAGAUCAUACUUAUUUUUAAUUCAUUAUAUUACUUCAUAAUAUAAUUGUAAAUUCAAGAUCAAGGGUUUUAAUUUCGGUAGACCAAUCAAAUAUAUUUGAGUUAUCCUCAACAUUAUAGUUUUAUCUUUACAGUCUCUGGAUCUCUCUAAUUCUGAUGUGUAUUCAAUUCACUCAUGUGUCAUUUUUGAACGUCUUCUAGAAUCACUUGCUAUUCCCGCCUCUUUUUUUUGCAUCAAAAAAUACUCCAUGCUCACAUUAGCUACAGGGAUUUCAACUAUUUCCUAUCCCUCCCUUAGAGUUUGGGUAGAGAGUUCAAAAUGUUGUGAGGGAUUUUUUGUUGUUAGGAGGAGAAAACAUCUUGAUUGAUGUUACAAAAUUAAGAGCUUAUUGCUGAAAUGCUUUAUAAACGAUAGUUGAUUAAUGUGAUGUGUAUAAAUGUAAAAUCUCCUUUCUUGUUCUCACUCGACAUUUUUUUGACCCAGAUAUACUUCCUUUCAUAUAUUCUAUAAAAUGGAUUCAAAUAUGUUCCACUCAGCUGAUUCAAGGAAAUACUAUUGUCCAGUAUUGGGUUUGAAAAUUUUAGUUUUAGAUAACAACCUGAGAUGCCUUGCAGCAGUAUCAAAAAUGCUUGAAACGUUAGGAUAUGAAGUUGUGACUGCUUCACUUGCUUCUGAGGCAUUAUCCAUUGUCAAGGAGAAGAGGAAUGAGCUUAACCUUGCCCUUGUCGAGGUUCACUUACCUGACAUGGGGAUAGUUCUGUUGUCUCAGAAAAUAAGAGAAUUAACAACCAUGCCAUAUUUCCUUAUGACGGCUAAUAAUGGUACUCUCGGAGAGCUGUUUGGAUCUAAACUAUGUUUUGAAAAACCAAUUAAGAUUUCGGAUUUAAACAAUCUGUGGAAAUAUGCACUGUGGAAGAUAGAAGAUGGAAGAGUAACAACGGUAGAAGUAGAAGGCUUUGGGAGGCAUCAGUCACAGGAAACUAUUGUAAAUACCAGAGAACAGACUCUCCAAAGUGUCAUAAUUGGAGAGCGUAAUCAUGAAUCAUUAAUGCUGGGUAGAAAAAGGCUCAACCAGACUUAUGAUUCAAAUAUGAAGUUCUUCGGAAGUGAAGGUGCUGAGUUGGCGAGAACCAGUGGAGAAGCUCUUCCAGAUCAAAGAAAUCAGUUUAGGAAGGUGUCAGGACUUGCAAUACAAAAUAUUGAAAGUCAUUUUCAGCAAUACUUGACACAAGGUAAUCCAAUUCAACAACACUACAAUAUGCAUUCUUCUAAUUUGAAUAUGGGAUCGUUCCAGGCUGACAAUGAUAAUAGGAAAAGGCGUCAAUUGCAAAACCAUCCUAUUCAUAUCUGUGAAUGCAUGCAUAAGCAUUCUCUACGCAAUCCUUUACUUGAUUUCCUAAAUUCAAGUAAUCACACAUCAGCUUUUGGAAAAAAUCAAUUUUAUCUACAUAAUGAACCAUAUGGUGUUUCACGUUACACACCUGACUGUGGUGAAUUUAUGAACAAUGAAAAUGCUAUUGAUGGAAAAGUUUUCAGUGAGGAGACAUGCAUCUAUUGUGUGGAUGAUUUUUCAGGACAAAGUGAAAUGAACUUUUGUACACUAUCAUCCAAUGACAUGAGUCACCAAUUUUCACCAUCACUUCCCGUUCCUCUACUACCAACAGAUGGAAAAGAAGAUGACAUCUCUGAAACUAAAGCAGAUGAAAUUCUUUAUCCUCCAAAUGGAACUCAAAAGUUUAGUGAUGAGGAUUUAAAUACCUGCUUAUCAAUGUAUAAUAAUCCCUGAGAAUUGCUGAGUGAUACUGUUGCUUUGAGCUGUGGAGGACUUUGUGGAGAGCUUCAAGAAAAUAGAGUUCACAUAAUGAUUGGUGGACCUUUGUUUUGUACUUUUAUAUUUAUACUUUUGUCUUAUCUGAUUCUCGAUUGAAUAUUGUUACAGUGUUUCGGGGCUUGACUAAUGGCUAAUUGAAAAGUUUGCUUGACCA